AUGCCACAGCCGCCCGCAGCUACCUUGGCGCUGCCCCUGCUACUGCUACUGCUGGUGGUGCGGGAGCCGCACUCGACCGGCGCGCGGCCAUCCCCAGGCCCGGAUUACCUGCGGCGCGGCUGGCUGCGGCUGCUGGCGGAGGGCGAGAGCUGUGCUCCCUGCCAGCCGGAGGAGUGCGCCGCGCCGCGAGGUUGCCUGGCUGGCCAGGUGCGCGAUGCUUGCGGCUGCUGCUGGGAAUGCGCCAACCUCGAAGGCCAGCUCUGCGACCUGGACCCCAGUGCCCACUUCUAUGGGCGCUGCGGUGAGCAGCUUGAGUGCCGCUUGGACGCAGGUGGCGACCUGAGCCGCGGAGAGGUGCCGGAGCCGCUGUGUGUCUGCAGCUCACAGCGCCCGCUCUGCGGUAGCGACGGCCGCACCUACUCGCAGAUCUGCCGUCUGCAGGAAGCGGCCCGAGCUCGGCCGGACGCCAACCUCACUGUGGCACACCCAGGGCCCUGCGAAUCGGAACCCCAGAUCGUGUUGCACCCAUUUGAUAUUUGGAACGUGACGGGAAAGGAUGUGAUCUUUGGCUGUGAGGUGUUUGCCUACCCCAUGGCCUCCGUCGAGUGGAGGAAGGACGGCUUGGACAUUCAGCUGCCUGGAGAUGACCCCCACAUCUCUGUGCAGUUUAGGGGUGGACCCCAGAGGUUUGAGGUGACUAGCUGGCUGCAGAUUCAGGCUGUGCGUCCCAGUGAUGAGGGCACCUACCGCUGCCUGGCCCGCAAUGCCCUAGGACAGGUGGAGGCCCCAGCUAGCCUAACCGUACUCACACCCGACCAGCUGAAUUCUACAGGCAUCCCCCAGCUACCAUCUCUGCUCCUGGUUCCUGAGGAAGAGGCUGAGAGUGAAGAGGGUGAAGAUUACUACUAGAACCCAGAGUCAUGGUAAAUUGGUUUCUUCAACUGCCUCACCUGUCACCUG